AUGGCGGCCAAGUGGUGGUUCAUCGCCUCCCUCCUGCUCUGCCUCGCCGUGGCGGCGGCGGCGGCGAGGGGAAUGCCCCGCGACUGCGACACCGCCACCUUCGCGGCAGAAGCCGUCGCCGGGGCCGACGACGACAACGACAGCGCCAACGCCGGCGCCGUGGACGAGGAGGCCAAGACCGCCGACGUGUUCGGCGGGCGGACCCGCGGCGGCGGCCUCUUCGGCGGCGUCCAUGGCCCGCUGGGCGGGGGCGUCGCGGGGUUCGGCCCGUUCGGCGGGGCCGUGGCCGGCGCCGGGCCGUUCGGCGGGUUCGGAGGAGGCGGCGGCCUCGGUUCUUUAGCACAAAAGUGA